AUGUUCCGUCGACCCCCGGUUCCCCCCGCAGCCCGCCAGCCUUCUGAGUGGACGGAGCUCCCCCGCGCCUCCCGCCCCGCUGCUCCCGGGCGGUCCCGGCUGCGGAACGGGGGUCUCCUCCCUGCUCCCUCCGCUUCUGCCACCCCCGGGCCCGCGGCUGAAAUUCCCCCUGCGGCCGGGGAGCCCCUCCAGUCCCGGCGAAAAAGGGAAAAGGAGAAGGGGAGGGGAAAGGGGGGGCGGGAGGGGGGAGAUCUGGGAGCCUGCGAUGGUGAGCGGAGCAGAACCGCAUCCCACCUUGGCGCGGGGCUCGGCAGGAAACUAGCCUUUUACUCCAAAAUGCAGGAAGCCCCGGAGAGCGGCAGCAGCGCCAGCGCCGGCAGCUCCUUCUCCAGCCACCCCGCGGCCAGCAUCAAGGAGGAGGACUGCAGCCCCGAGAAGGAGCGACCCCCCGAGGCCGAGUACAUCAGCUCCCGCUGUGUCCUCUUCACCUACUUCCAGGGGGAUAUCAGCGCAGUGGUGGAUGAGCACUUCAGCCGGGCGCUCAGCCAGCCCAGCAGCUUCUCCCUCGGCAGCGCGAAGGCGGCGCGGAACGUAGGCUCCUGGCGGGAUGGUUCCUUCCCGAUGAGCCAGCGCAUCUUCCCGCCCUCCUUCUGGAACAGCACGUACCAGCCCUCCUCGGUCCCGGCCAGCCUGAGCAGCCCCCUGGCAGCCGCCGCCCACAGCGAGCUGCCCUUCUCUGCCGCCGACCCCUACGCGCCCGCCUCUCUGCACGGCCACCUGCACCAGGGCGGCCCCGAGCCCUGGCACCACGCACACCACCACCACCACCACCACCACCACCACCCCUACAUCGGGACACAGAGCACGGCCUACCCCCGCCCCGCCGCCGUGCACGAGGUCUACGGGCCCCACUUCGACCCCCGCUACGGCUCGCUGCUGGUGCCCACGGCCUCCGUGCGCCCGCACCGCCUCACCCCCGCCUCCGUGUCCGCGCCGGUCAGCCCCCCCUGCGAGCUGGGCAAGAGCGAAGCGGGGCCUGCUGCGGCCUGGACCACACCGGGCCCCUUCCCCAAUGCAACAGGAGACAUGGCGCAGAGCAUUGGCCUCAACGUGGACACAGCUCGCCGUUACUCCUUCUGUGGUGGAUCCCUUCUGAGCUGAUGUGCUGAUUCAAAGACUCUCAGAUCCCCCCUUGCCCUUUUCCAAGCCCACCGUGGCCCUGCUGCUCGGGGAAAGACAACGGGAUUUAAAAGGACCUGGCAUUGCAAGGCUGAUACUUUAGACUUAUUUUGGAAAGGAAAAUCAUUUUGUUGCAAGAGGAGAGCCAAAGACAUUGAACUUCUAUUUAAGCAGACCCCACACCCAGACCUGCAGCCAGACUACUCUGAAAGAGUCCAACAACAUCAUCGAUGGUGAUGCAAAAUCACUGGCUUUCAUACAGGCAAUGGAGGAAGUUGUGGGGGUUUUAUAGUGGUGUGAAUAUUUUUUUAUGACAGUGAAAGUUAUUUCUUGAAUGCAACCAGGGGAAAGCUACUCAGCAGUUUUGAACUGGAUUUUUAUUUUGCUUUAUAGAAAAAUUAACGGAGAAGAAACUGGAACUUAUGGACAUUUUCGGACUAUCAAGGAACUGUUUUUCAGCUUUGUGGUUGUGAGUGGCAAGUGUCUGAUUUGGGCCACCUGCCCUGGACUUACAGAUAUGCAGCUGCUCCCCUCACAACUGCUUAAAUCCCAGAAAGACGAAAACCAAGGUGGCAUUUCUCAGAGUUUGGCACAUUUGCAUUGGCUGUGUAACAGUUGUUUGGUUGGGGGUGGGGUUGUUUGUUUGGUUUUGGUUGGUUUUUAGG